AUGGAGCUCCGAGUCGGGAGCAAAUACAGAUUAGGUCGGAAAAUAGGAAGUGGGUCUUUUGGUGACAUUUAUUUAGGUAUGGAGGAGUUGGAAUACCUUGCAUUAAGGUAUUUGAAACCGUUUUUCUGGUGCGGGUCCGAAGGAGACUACAACGUUAUGGUUAUGGAAUUGUUGGGUCCCUCCUUAGAAGAUCUCUUCAAUUUUUGUUCGAGAAGGUUCACGCUGAAAACAGUUCUUUUACUAGCCGACCAAUUAAUAUCUAGGAUAGAUUAUAUUCACGGUCGAAAUUUUAUACACAGAGAUAUUAAGCCUGAUAAUUUUUUAAUGGGUCUUGGUAAAAAAGGUAACCUAGUCUAUAUAAUUGAUUUUGGACUGGCGAAAAAAUUUAAAGAUGGAAGAACGCAACAGCACAUACCGUACAGGGAAAAUAAAAAUUUAACCGGAACCGCUCGCUAUGCUUCAAUAAAUACUCACUUAGGAGUAGAACAAAGCAGGCGAGACGAUUUAGAAUCAUUAGGAUAUGUAUUAAUGUAUUUUAACAAAGGGGCGUUGCCUUGGCAGGGUUUAAAGGCUGCUACGAAGAGACAAAAAUACGAAAGGAUUAGCGAAAAGAAAAUGUCGACGUCAAUCGAUGAUUUAUGUAAAGGUUUUCCUGCCGAGUUUCCGACGUACCUGAAUUAUUGUAGAUCUCUUCGAUUUGAAGAGAAACCGGAUUACGCGUAUAUACGACGAUUAUUUCGAAAUUUAUUUCAUCGGCAGGGUUUUACGUACGAUUACGUUUUCGACUGGAAUCUGCUCAAGUUUGGUGCGAGCCGUCAAAUUGUUGGUCCAGAAGAGCAAAGAGAGCGUAGAUAUCCAAGAGGAAGUCCAGGAAAUCAGGGCCAAGGUCCCACAAGAACUCGUCCAUUUGAACAACCGGGUCCCGUUACGCCCGUAACAACUGCCAGUCCAACAACAGUUUCACCGAGAACACGAGGUGUUUUGGCUCAAGGUGAAUCAGUUCAAGAUCGACGGGUAAGCAUGCGACUUCAUCGUAGUUCCGCCGCAGCACCUUCCCCGUCUGCUUCCGCUGAUUUGCCCUCGCUCAGUAAACCUCCAACGUAG